UACACUACACUAACUACAGUAACUAGUUUUGAACUCAAAAAGAUAAAUAUAUAAUUAGGAGAAUAAAAUAGUUUUAUAACGAACUUAUGAUUAACAAUAAUUUUAUCUUACAUAUUUGUUUAGUUAAUUUCUUUACAUCGACAUAACUAUGCUGUUCAUAUAAACUACUGCACAGCACUGUUUAUUCUAACCUCUAACGAUGCCUAAAUCACAGGGUUCUUAAAAUGUUGGUAUUUCAAUUUCUUCAUUAAUAUAUUAACACCAGAUAAAUGAAAACGUUUGUUAAAAUGUCUGACGCGUGGGAUGAAAUUCAGGCUAUAAAAAGUAAACGUAAUAUAUUACGUGAAAGAUUGGAAAAGCGAAAGAAAGAAAGGCAGGAUAUUUUGGGCACAAAUCUAGGAUCUACUUCGUCUCCCGUUAGUUUUACUGAAUCCCCUAGUAACAGUUUGUCAGGCAUUUCAAACAUUAAAGAAGAAGUGAAGACAAAAACUGAAUCCACCGAUUUAGAAGACUUAGUCAAAGUCGACCCUGAAUUAGAGACUCAACUAUUAAAAACUCUGAGUGAGGUAACAUUGCAGUUGCCACUAUCUAGUACAGAUUUAUUGAGUUGUUUAAAACCUACAACAGACAAAGAUGCAUCACACAAACAAGUAUGCAAUUUACUAUAUAAAUUUGCUACACAGAGACUCAUUACUGUCAACGAAGCAGUCAAAGAUGGAUCAACUACUGUUGAAGUUACCUUAGUUGAAGUUUCUAAAGUGAAUGCUAUGAUUGUUGAAUUUGCAGACAGUAAAUGGGAAACAAAACCUAGUGUUAAAAGGAAAAGAGAUGAGUUGCCAAUGAAAUCCUCAGAUAAUGAUGAAGAUAAGAAGAAAAAAGAAAAGAAAGAGCCUAAAGCAGAUAUUAUGUCAUUAUUAUCAAUGCCAUCGACGAAAGAAAAGGAAAGCAAAAAAUUAGGAGAAGAAAUACUGGAUUUAUUGAGCAAACCCACUGCAAAAGAACGUUCAUUGGCUGAACGAUUUCGAUCCCAAGGUGGAAAGCAACUCAUGGAGUUCUGUCCGCAUGGCACGCGAAUUGAUUGCGAACGUGGGGGCGGUGGAGCUGAUUGUAAAAAACUGCACUUCAAAAAAAUCAUACAAAAACACACAGAUGAAUCACUUGGAGAUUGUUCCUUCUUGAACACCUGUUUUCACAUGGACACUUGUAAAUAUGUACAUUAUGAAGUUGAUAGAUGUGGCCAAAGGGAAGACGCGAGCAGUUCUACUCCGGUCAGGCCCACGGCAAGGAUACAAGAAAGCACUGCCCUCUACCCACCUCAAUGGGUCCAAUGUGAUCUUCGCUAUUUAGAUAUGACAGUGUUAGGAAAAUUUGCCGUAAUUAUGGCGGAUCCACCUUGGGAUAUUCAUAUGGAAUUACCAUAUGGUACGAUGUCGGAUGACGAGAUGAGGCAGUUAGGAAUUCCACAACUCCAAGAUGAGGGUCUGAUAUUUUUAUGGGUUACAGGUAGAGCCAUGGAAUUGGGUAGAGAAUGUUUAAAGCUGUGGGGAUAUGAACGUGUUGAUGAAAUUAUUUGGGUUAAAACUAAUCAACUACAGAGAAUUAUUAGGACUGGAAGAACAGGGCAUUGGCUCAAUCAUGGCAAGGAACAUUGUCUUGUUGGAAUGAAGGGAAAUCCAACAAAUCUAAACAGAGGCCUGGAUUCUGAUGUUAUUGUUGCAGAAGUCAGAGCCACUAGCCAUAAACCAGAUGAAAUAUAUGGCAUGAUAGAAAGGUUAUCUCCUGGAACUAGAAAAAUUGAGUUAUUUGGCAGGCCACACAACAUUCAACCUAACUGGAUCACGCUUGGUAAUCAAGUGGAUGGUAUUCGACUUAUAGAUCCAGUUUUGAUUGAAAGUUUUAAAAAGAGAUAUCCUAAUGGCAAUUACAUGGCGCCACCUCCAGAAAUACCCCAUUAAACGUUAACCCCUUUAAGGAAAAUGAUAUUUCUUUAAAAAAUACCGUUAAUUUUAAUAUUUUAUAUUUCUUAUUCUUUCCAAUAUUCCAACAAGCUUAAAUAUUAUUUAUGUUACUGCAAUUUUUAAGAGACGUUUAUAAAUUUCAUCAAUUUUUCUGUUAUUAUCAUAUGACAUUUUUUUCUUAAAUAUAAUAAAUUUAUUAUAAUUAACAAAAAGUUUUUGUAUUAUAUAUUAUAUACAUAUAUUUUUAUAUUGGUCAAUAUAUUGGACUACAAAUUGUAACAUUAUUUUGUUAAUAUUGCAUUCAAAUGGACUUCUUAUGGAGUAUGUAUAUAUAUUUAUAUAUGUAUAUAGUACGUUUGUAAAUAUUAACAAUAUAUCAUGUAUGUGGAUAAAAACUAAAUUUCCAAUAUAAUAGAUUUUUAUUGUAACAUGACAAAAUUUCAAUUUAUAAAUAUUAUUGUAUCCAGAAAAAUUGCACCCUUUUAUUUAUAUGUUUGAUGAGUUUUUUAUAUUAAUAUAUUGAUCAAUAUACUGAACUACCCAGUG